CAGAGCAGUCUGUUGCGCAGCCGCAGCCAGCCCCUUGAAGAAUGGAUGCAGCUCUCGCUGUCCUGCUGACAGCAGUGCUGACCUUGAUUAUUGGGAAGCUGGUUUUGUUUCGGCUGAGAUGCCCCAAUGCCCCACCUUGCAUCAGCGGCUGGAUCCCAUGGUUUGGAGUGGCGUUUCAGUUUGGGAAGGGUCCUCUGGAGUUCAUAGAACAAGCUAGAGUCAAGUAUGGGCCCGUAUUCACAGUGUUUGCUCUGGGACAUCGCUAUACCUUUGUGACUGAGGAAGAGGGGAUUGAAGCAUUUUUCAUGUCUAAGGAUGUCAAUUUUGAGCAGGCAGUGCAGCAAGCCGUCAAACACACAGUUUCAAUUCCUGCAAAAGUCUUUUAUAAGAACCGUUACAAUCUGUACGUCAUGCUGAAAGGUAAAAUGGCUCCCCCUAACUUGCACAUAUUCAUGAAGACUCUCUGUAAAGAACUGCAUGAGUUUGUGGAACAGCUGGGCACAGAGGGAACGGAGGAACUCCAUGAUCUGGUAAGGCACAUCAUGUAUCCGGCAGCAGUGAAUACCUUGUUUGGAAAAGAUAUCUGGCCAACGAGCAGGAGUGAAAUCAGUGAGUUUGAAGAGCAUUUCCAGAUGUUCGAUGAGGACUUUGAAUAUGCAUCUCAGAUGCCAGUGUGCUUUUUGAGAAACUGGUCUAAAUCCAGACAGUGGCUUCUAAAAACAUUGGAAAAAGUGACAUCAGCUGCUGCAAGAACCAAUCCCUCAAAGAGUGAAUCUAAGACAGUGCUGCAACACCUGCUGGACACUUUGCCUGAUAAACAUUUCGCUCCCAAUUACAGUCUUCUGCUGCUCUGGGCUUCUCAAGCAAAUGCUGUCCCUGUAGCAUUCUGGACCCUUGUUUUCAUAAUAUCCCACCCUGAUAUCUACAAGAAGAUCAUGGAGGACAUCAUUUCUGUUUUUGGCAAUGCAGGUAAAGACAAGACUGAAAUAUCUCAAGAUGACCUUAAGAAGCUUCCCUUAAUUAAGUGGUGUGUUCUGGAAGCCAUACGCCUCAGGUCUCCAGGUGCCAUCACAAAGAAAGUGAUGAAUCCAAUAAAAAUUCAGAAUUUCACCAUCCCAGCUGGCGACAUGCUGAUGAUUUCUCCGUAUUGGUUGCACAGGAAUCCAAAGUAUUUUCCUGACCCUGAUAUGUUCAAACCUGAUCGCUGGAAAGCAGCAAAUUUAGAGAAGAAUGCUUUCUUGGACAACUUUGUGCCGUUCGGAGGAGGGAAUCAUCAGUGUCCAGGAAGGUGGUUUGCUAUAAUGGAGAUUCACCUGUUAGUCGUUUUAUUCCUUAACAAAUAUGAAUUUAUUCUUUUGGACACAGUACCAAAGGAGAGCCAUCUGCAUUUAGUGGGGACGCAACAACCCACAGGCCCAUGCAGGGUUCAGUAUAAACUCCGGGAAUGAACACUGACUUGUAGUGGCUCGAUCCUUUGGCCAUCCACAGCCAGAGCGAUGCUUCAUGGGCACUUCUUACAUCUCCAGAUGUGUUCAGUAUACUAACAGGUUUUAAGUAACAAUUUCAGCGAGGCGGAAACUCUAUGUAGUGUUUAUAAUAAAUCCAUUACCGUGGCACCUGUGCACCUAGGCCUGAUUAAGUAGGUCUCAGUAUUUUAAAUGCAGCUUCCAGAUUAUGCAUCUUUUUAUGCAUCUGUAAUUUUAGGUUAUAUGAAUCUGCAGCCUGCAUGCAUCUAAGCUGACUGUACCCACAAAUGAGGUAUGUAGGGGACAAAGUAUGCUUAUGAUUACUUUGAAGAGUGUUAUUAGGGCCCCUGCGAAAACCAGACCUUCCAGGACAAGUUUUCUGUUGCCCUGAAGGUUCAUUCACACCAGAGUGAAGAACAUGUCAAGUGCCGGCAAAUGAGAACAGCAGUGUUUUACAGCCCUUUUCCACUGCUGUACGCAAAGUGCAGGACAGCAGUGAAUUAGACCCUCAGCGUCAGAUCCUCAGCUGGUGUUCACUAGCAUAGUUUGUGCUUGUUGGAGCUACUCUGAGGCCACAGACACAUGGCCAGGUUAACCUGUGGCAGGUCAGGCUGUCCCCAUUUGAAAAUGCUGCAGUCAUUUGACACUGUCCCUAAAGGUGAUCUAGUCCUGCCCCCUGCAGGGCAAAUUUACCCUGGUGUGAAUCAGGGGCAGUUCUCUUUCAUGCCUCUAAGUGCCUGUGUCUGUGCUCAUUUCUCAUACUUUGUGCACAGCUGGCACAGCAAGCUUUGUGCUUUGCCUCUCUGUUCAUGUGUCCAAAUGUGAUUAAUACCAGAUGAGGACCCAGCCUCCUGGGACUAAAUUAAGGACAAACAAUGGUGAAUGAAACAUGUUUGUCACUGGAAGACUGAAAAUAUGGAAAGUGAGAGCGACCCUCUCUCCUCCGAGGCAGCUGAAGUUCCUGUUAGCUUUGGCCGAGUUUUGGUUGUCUCAGGGCACAGGAUUGGGUCCUCUGUUUAUAUAACAAAGCCUUUCCCAUUAUGUUUGCUUGCCAUUUAGAAUAUCUUCAAGAAAAGGCUGUCCAAGAUCUGGAAGACUUUUGUUUUGGUUGGGGUAGGUUUUUUUUAGUAUGAUUUACAGCACUUGAGAAUCUAACUCUCUUGGAUGUUGCACACAUCUAAAAAUACCUACCCCUGAAAGAAAAUCUAAUAAAAGAAGGCAGUUAAAGGCAGCUGUAGAGCAAGCUAAGAAUCCAUCUUGCUGGAAGAUACAACACUUAAUUGCUGUCAUAUUUAAUACAGUAUAAUAGCUUCAUAGGAAAUUAUCAUUUUACAGACACCUCUUUAACUUUAAGUAGAGAUUACUCAUUCAAAGGGCAGUGGAGACUAUUUUAUAAAGUCUUGAUUAACUGGACUCCAGAACAGGGAUGAUUGGCUAAAAUGCUUUGGGAUGCCACAGGGAGGACAGUAUACUUCCAGUACCAUGCUGUGCCAGAAGGGGGCAGAGGCAGGAAUAUAUGUGCAGCAGCUCCUUGUUGUGUCAUCUCCCAGUUGAUUUUACGCAUUUGAUAUCGCUGCUUUUCCUGAUGGGGUGGACCAAGACUAGAACACCAUACACCAUCCAAGCCUGUUGAACCAUUUCCAACAUCAAAAGGCACAUGCAGAGAUAUGGGACGUCAGUCAUACCUAUGCAUUCCUUUCAUUACCUCUUCUGUUACAUAUAACUGCUUUGUUAGGGCCUGAUUUUGGAUAUACUCUCCCCCUGCAACUUCCUCUGAAUAUAACAGGAGUUGCAGGAGCUUGUCAUCUCUUAGCAUUAGGCCCAUGUUGAUUGAUGUAAAGCCUGUUGGAGUCACUGGAAAGAUUCCUGGUCAUUUCCAGGGACUGGGAAUCUGCAUUUUAGUUUAUUGCUAGAGAGGUAAACGUUGUAUAGGUUACUCGGGUACCCAGAAUGCACAGCAGGCCACUACCAGCUCUCAACUAUAAAUGUUUAACUUCAUUUAAUACGUAACCGACUGCAGAAUUUGGCACUGUAUUUCUUUGCAUAAGUGGUGUGUUUCAAGAUACUAACAUCCAUGAUGCUAAAAUCACCUCAUUCAGAGUUAUCAUUAUGGGUGGUUUUUUGCAUAUAUUUGCAAAAUAGAACUAUUUAGCCAAACCUAAUGGGCAACCCUGCUGAAACCUUAGAAACUGAAAGUGCUUACUGCACCUGCUAUUCCAGCCUGAUAAAACCUGACUAUUUACAAGUCAUCAGAGCACUGAGUCUGGGAUUGUCAAAUUUAGCUUUGGCACUCAUUUAUUUAGGAAUACUUAGUCUCCUCUUCUGAUGGUAUAACACACGAAACAGGUCUUCUUGGCAAGGGGAAAAAUACACACAAAAAAUUGGUUCUUAAGAUAACUCUGGAUUUAUGACCACAAAAAUGUUUGCUGUAAUUCAAGUUUUUCUUAAAAUGUUUUUGGGUUUUGGUGGAAAAAAUGACAAAUGUUUUAAGAAAAAUUAAAACUCUC